UGAAGAUUUUUUUUGUCAUCGCUGGAAUUUUAGUUUACUUCAACCCAGAUGGGUACUUUUAAACCAACCGGUUUUUAACUUAUCUAAAUUAUUAGGUCUACUGGAGAGUUUAUACACUCUUGGGAAGAUGACUGACAGAUCGCAAACUCCUGAGGUCCAAAGCAGGCCUUAUGACUUUAGUCGGUCUGGUGCUUGCAGCAGCCAAGUUUUGGGUCAAGAAGGAAACGUUUCUUUCCAGCUUCCUCACGGGGUUCUGCCUGACCCGAGCCUCUUCUACAGCAAGGCCGCAUAUGGAGGGAUCACACCUGGAUCCGCGCAGACGUUUCUCCCGUUUCCACCCGACUACAGGGGAUCCGACCUGCAGGCUGGGGACUUUGGGCAGCCAAAGCAUUGGUAUCCCUUCCCUGCGCCCGAGUACACCGGGCAGAUACCCGGCGUGACUGCGGCCACCCAGCCUACAAACAUGAGCCCGCCGAUAGCCGAGACUCGGGAGCAAAUCAGAUUACCCGAUAUUAAGACGGAGGAGGACACUGGAGAGGGUUAUUCUACCGACAUGAAGGCUCAGCAGUAUCCGACUCUAGCACCUUCCACAGGCAUGACCCAUGGAGUCUUCUACCCCCCGGCCUGGAACCCCUCCUUCUGGCCUGGGAUCACCCACAUUGCCCCAACAGGGAGCAAUAAUCAAAACCCCUCUGCGUCCUCAGCAUCGUCCCCUUCCAUGUCCCCCUCACCCCCAAGCAACGGGAUUCAGGGAAACUCAUUUUUUAGCGUAAACUCAAACCAGGUUCCUGCUGAGCCUCAGGCGCAGAACCCGGCCUCCAACGCACGGAGCAGUGGGUCCUCAAGCGGUGGCUGCAGCGACUCAGAGGAGGAAAUCCUCACCACUGAAGAACUGGAGCAGUUUGCAAAAGAGUUAAAGCACAAACGAAUUACUUUGGGUUUUACUCAAGCAGAUGUUGGCCUUGCUCUGGGUAACCUUUAUGGCAAGAUGUUCAGCCAGACAACCAUUUGCCGAUUUGAGGCUCUGCAGCUGAGCUUCAAGAAUAUGUGCAAACUGAAACCCCUUCUGCAGAGAUGGCUGGAUGAGGCAGAAACGUCGGACAAUCCUCAGGAUAUGUACAAGAUUGAGCGAGUGUUCGUUGAAACCAGGAAGAGAAAACGGAGGACCAGUCUGGAGGGAGCUGUGCGCUCUGCGUUAGAGGCCUACUUUAUCAAAUGUCCAAAGCCAAACACCCAGGAAAUAACCCAGAUCUCGGAUGAUCUGGGCCUAGAAAGAGAUGUGGUGAGAGUCUGGUUUUGCAAUCGAAGGCAGAAGGGAAAGCGUCUCGCCUUACCAUUGGAUGAAGAGUGUGAAGGCCAGUACUACGAGCAGAGCCAUUCACCAUUGAACAUGGCCCCUUCCCCCAUCCAAAGCCAAGCCUACCCAUCCUCCGGCUACACCGGAGCACCCCCUCCAACCCUUUACAUGCCCCAGCUACACCGACCCGAUGUUCUGAAACAGGCCCUGCAUCCUGGACUGGUUGGUCACCUGACUGGAUAAAGUGGAGGGUAGUCUCCCAACCAGAUCCCAUCUAAACUCGACCUGAGCAUAAAACUGAUCCAGUUUCAGUCGACUAGAUGAAUAAGAAUUGGGAGAAUCCAGCUAUUUGGCUACGAGAAACAUGAGUUAAAGGCCUUGAUAAAAAAAAAAAAAGUGAAUUGUUGAUCAUUUAAGCCUUAAUUCUUUGCAGCUUUUUAAAAUGAUUUUGUACUUUUCGGUAAUGAUGAAGUUAGGCUCAGGUUAAACCUUUUAAUACUGCAGGGCCAAAGAGUAGGCUUAAUUUAAAUGUUUGAGUUACCAUUUCUGUUAUUGUGCAAUAAUUUUUAAGGAAAUGGCAGCUGUUGGUGACACUGGAAACUUAUUUUGUCUUUUUUUGCACAUAUUUGCAAUCUUCAGCAGCUGUAUGAUCGACUGUUUUACACAUUAAAAGCUUAUAUUAACACGCUUUUGGAAAACUGAAAGUGUUUCACCACUCCUGUAUGCCAAGCCUUUUUUUUUUUUCUUAUUUUAAAGGUUCCUGUCAGUCUUCAAACCUGUAACUAUUUUAUAACUUGACUUUUGAUCAGCAUAAUGUAAAAGUUAAAUGGCAGUUUUUUCCCCCUUGAUUAUCUCUGAAGGUGCACACUAGCGUACUUAAGAUGUGCACCUUUUUAAAUUACAAUUUAAUGUUCUUGGCUUUAACCCUGUACAAGUCUCAGUUGAAUCAUCGCUAAACAAAAGUGACUUGCUUUGAAUCUUAUUCCCCUUUGCGUUUUUUUUUGUC